CAAACUUCUUGCCUUCAUAGUUACGUGUGCAUAUAACUCCCUGAUUAGAGGAGCGGCCCAGGCUGUUUCCUGCUGCUUCGCUCCAGGACUCGAGCGCGCCAACUGCAGAGCCCAACCUCGCGAGCCAGGCCAGCAUGCCAGCGGGUGAGCGGCCCAACGCGGGCCCUGGUGGCGAUGCGUCCGCGGCUAAGGCGGCAUCUCAAGGAGGGCAGCAGCAACAGCAGACCACGCCGGUCCUGAGCUGGAACGGGGAUACGCAAGUGGCCAUGUUCAUCACGGUCCUGCUGCUCCUUAACCUGAUGAAAUGGGCCAUGACCCCGCCAUGCACUUGCUGAGCAGCAAGCAGCUGGCCGCGGCUGAUGCCUCGGCCGCAGCGCUGGCUGGCUCCCUGCCUGCGCCCCGCGGCUGCGCAGGCGAGCCACAGCAGCAGCAGCAGCGCAGCAGCAGCAGCAGCCGCGUGGCUGUACGAUUGCAAACUGUACCAUAAUCUGCUGCGCGCAGACGACCGAAGCAGCUCUACUGUUUAUAUUAUUAUCUGUGCCUCCUGGCACCUGCUUGUGGCGGGUCCUAUUGUGGCGCUGCUGCGUGUCCGGUGCGGGGGGGAGGGGGGCCGCGCGUGUGCUGCCAGUCGGUUGCACGAUGCCUGAUAGGUCCGCUGCUAAGGUUACUUGGCGCAGGGCUGCUGGGGGGUUACAGCGGAUGGUUAAGAUGGGCGGCCCGCGUGGGGCGGGGCAGGUGUGCCGCAGCCGCGCCGUCACCAGCCACCACCCGCAGCACCUGCGCUGGAGUACCCACGAGAGUGCGGGAAGAAAUGUUGUCAGUACCCAUGGUGUGAUUCUAACCGUUAUAUUGUAUUGGGUGUUGGGUGCCACCGUGUGCUGUCCAUUGUGCUGGUGUUCGCUGGCAGCACAGCCAAGAGGCAGCGUUGACAGAAUGACUGAGAGAUGCAUCCGUCGCACCCAGCAGUGACCCUUGACAGAUUACGUUCGAUGUGCUUUCCUCCGACACCUCCUUGUUACCUUAACUUGUUGCACAAUGACAGCGUGAGAUGCAUGCUGGAAAUGCAGGGACCGCAAAGCAAUGUUGGACUGUUGCAGUAGCGUAGGAGCAGGUAGAUGCACUGGCAUCGUAGUGUGAGGGCUCCUUACAUCCGGGUAUCGGCAGGUCACAGUUCUGGGUGUUGCAGCUGCUAGUAUGUAAUGCUACCAGAAU